CGCACGCUGAUACGCUCCGAGCCCCGGGCUAGUAGCUGCCGCGCACCACACCCCUGGCGGCGCAGAGCGCAGGCAGACGCUGCCCCCUGGCGGCCGCCCGGGCACAGUGAGACAUCCCGCGCCGCGGCUGCGCAGUGACGCCCUCUGGCGGCCCCGCGCCGUCUUCCCAUCGGCCUCGGCUUGCGGGCCUUUCAAACAUGGAGGAGCGGGAGCGGGGGGCGAGGUCGGCUGGCGCUGGGAGCCCCGCGCGGCCGCCCAGCCCGCGGCUGGAUGUCAGCUCUGACAGCUUCGACCCGCUGCUGGCCCUGUAUGCGCCCCGCCUGCCUCCCAUUCCCUACCCCAACGCGCCCUGCUUCAACAACGUGGCCGAGUAUGAGAGCUUCCUCAGGACCGGGUUACGGAGCGGCGGGCGCGGACGGGCGCGGGGCGCGGCCGCUGGCUCAGGGGGCCCCGCUGCGGCCGCCGGGCCCUCGGGCAGGACCCGCCGCCGCCCGGACGCCCCCGCCCCGGACCCCGAGCGCAUCCAGCGCCUCCGCCGCCUCAUGGUGGCCAAAGAGGAAGGGGACGAGGCCGCCGACGCGCGGCGGCGGGGUCCGGGUCGGAGCAGGAAGGCGCCGCGCAACGUGCUCACGAGAAUGCCCUUGCACGAAGGCAGCCCUCUGGGUGAACUCCAUCGUUGUAUCCGGGAGGGGGUGAAGGUGAAUGUUCACAUCCGCACUUUCAAGGGACUUCGGGGCGUCUGUACAGGCUUCCUCGUUGCAUUUGACAAGUUCUGGAAUAUGGCACUUACUGAUGUGGAUGAGACCUACCGAAAACCUGUUCUAGGCAAAGCAUAUGAACGGGAUUCUUCGUUGACUCUCACCAGGCUCUUUGAUCGACUAAAACUGCAAGAUUCCUCCAAGAAGGAAACAGAUUCUAAGUCUGCAGUUGAAGACUCCACUCUCUCCAGAUACUCCCAGACAUCCACAUGGAAGGUGGCUUCCGUGUGGGGAAGAGGAGACACCGACCGGAGUUCACGCAGGCGUUCCCGCUCCGUCCCUUCUUCCUUGCAGGCGUCUGCAAGGGAGGAGUCCAGGUCAGAGCUGUCAGGGAGGACUACACGGACAGAAGGGUCCAGUGCAGGGGGUACCUUUUCCAGGGCUACCACCCUUUCCAGGGGCCCGUCCCAUAAGAAAAAGAGAAAGCCCAAAGUGGAUUACCAGCAGGUUUUCACUCGCCAUAUAAAUCAGAUUUUCAUUCGAGGUGAGAAUGUCCUGCUGGUUCAUCUUGCACAGUGACUGGCUCAGCCUCACUUGAGCUUUGGUUUUAGAAAUACAAUGCAUGAGUUGCUGCUAUGCUUAUCCUAGUGUCCCAGUGUAACUCUAAAUUGGAGUGAUCCCUCUGGUCCAGCAUGUGCAGGGCAUAGAACCAGGCUCGGGCCCUCUGGGAGAAGAGGUCCUGAAGGGAAAACAGGGCUUGAGAGGGUGGUGGGUAUUUGCAUUAAUAUCACAGCAAAAGUUGUACAGAGCAUGGUCCAUGCAUCUAAUUUGGUAUCACGGUCUACUGCAUACACUCAAACCAAAUAUAAGAUCUUGAAUUGGGGAGCAUGGUAUGAAUUGAAUUGACUCCACAGACACUAUAGCAUGGUGAAGGAGAAAGCCUCCUCAGGAAGAAUGAUCUCAUUUCUAGAACCUAGUGCCCUGAGUACUCAUGAACUUGUAUCUAAGAGUAGCAGUAUAAAUUGCCUCGAGCCCUUCAUCCGCACCUUGUAACUGACCUUUAAGUUUCACUCUACACCACUCUCUCUUGAUCGAGGAAUGUACUUUGCUGUCUCUUAAUAUCUGUAGGAUAUAAGAAGGCUGCACAUUUAUGUAAGAGUGAAAUCCGGGUGGGUGGCAUGCUCCAGUGAAUGCUGUGUCUUCACCCCUCUCCAUGUUAUGGGAAGAAAUAGGGGACCUUGUUGUUGGUUUUCCUCUUGCCAGAGGGAGUUUCUGCAGAUGGUGUACCAGGUGGGACUGUAAGAUGCGCUUGUCCUCUUCUUUCACUUUUGUGGCAUGGUGCUAGUGCAUGUGCCUGCGUAUUGCCCCCUGUGUAUAGUGUGACCUGUCCUGUGAGCUUUAUAGCAGGAGGCUGUCACCUUCAUGACUGGCUGCAAAGAGUUCUGCAUGAACUCAAGAAUACACACACAUCAUGUGGCUGAGAGUACCCUUUCCGGGCAGGGCUGGCCCUGUCUCGAGUGUCUUUCAAGAUGGUUUUCCAUGAAACCCGGGUGGAGUUUUAUUCCCUUGUGUCAGGCCAAAGAGGUUCUUACAAAGUACAACAAUGGUGUCUGUAAGGGACACGUUACUCAGCCCGGCUUGAGUAACCAAACACCAGACCACCUGCUACUAUUUCUACUUGAAUCAUAUGCUUUUUCAAUCACCAGUGCAAAAUAGGCUGUACCUCGACACAGACUGUUAGGCAAUAUUGACCUUUUGUUUUGUUAGUUUAUAUUAGGUUUUAUUUUAGAUCUCUUACAUUCAAAGUGAGAAUGAGAAAUAGCUCACUAGUUAAAAUGUUUGAAAAGAAAAACUUCCUCUGCUGUAUUUGUUGUGUAACUUAAAUGAGCCUUCUGAGAAGCAGGUGAGUCACGCUCAGAGAGCUGAGCCGGGACUCCUGGUCCUUCGGCUGGCUGGGCCUCUGGAGUGAGAGGAGAGCAGACUAACCCCUCUGUGCCUCAGGUUUUCCCCAUCAGACACCUACCUCACAGGGGCACUGAGGAACAGAAUCUGGGGAAGGCAUUUUAAAGUCUUUUAACAUACAUAAGUGCCAUGAGUAAUUUUUACUCACUCUGUUUCAUAGCUUGCUUAGAAGUUCACUGUCUCAUGAGCAAAGUAGGUGCUAUAUAAUACAAGAACGUAAUCUCUGUAGGUGUUAGCAGUUAUGAUCUUCUUGUCAUCAGAAGGCAGUGAUAGCUUCAGGAACUACUUUCCAUGUUCCAUUCCUUUCUCCUAAGGGACAAUGGAAGUUCUCAGAAGAAUAUCUUUAGUGAAAGAAAAGUAACAAUUUUUUUGCUGCUCUCCCAUAUCCCAGCCCCCACCCUUUUCUGGUCGUGAUGAGAGGGAAUUCCGCUGCGCUUUUUGGGGGGUUUAUAUGCCAGCACUGAAGGAAGGAUGUGACUCUAAAAACAGCACAUCCCUGAAAGGGAAUCUGUGGAAGUUGUUUUAUUUGAUUUUGUUUCAAAAUGGGUUUUAAGUAUACUCUUUAGAACCAGAUGAGAUGCACUAAACAUUUAGAGAGGUUCUAGGUUACACAUGCAAGUGAACAAUUAUCUUUGGACACUGCCAGUCUGAGUCUUUUUAAAUAGUAUGUUCUAAAAUCAGUCGUCUUGUUAAUCAUCGGGCACCCCACCUUUACCCCUUUACCCAUCUCCCCUGUUUGGUUGUCCCCAUCUGUCUGUCUGUCUUGUCCCUCAUCUGGAAGCUGUAACAGUUAUUAAAUUUUCACAAUAAAGGAGAAAUUUGGAAUUAAAUGGAAUAUAAUCAAUUUCUAUUCAUCGUAGCGCCUGAUUAAAUCUAACCUGACUUAUUUUAAACACAUGCUCAUUUCCUUGUUUGCAUAUAAUUUUCAUGUGUCCAUAUAACGAUUGAUUUACUGCUUUUCUGCCCAACUUAACAAUUCUGGCUCUAAAAAUUAUUUUAAAACUGUGUGUGAUCUGUCUUAUGUGCCCAUAUUCCCCAUUUAUUGGUUUGGACAGUGAUUCUGGGAUGAUUACUGUCUAGUAAAUGUGAUGUUUUGUACAAAGCAUGAUAAUCAUUAUUUUAUAGAAGUAAAUUUUUAAAAUUAUU